AUGGCAUCCACACUGAACGGAACCUCUUUGAACAAGGAUAUGCUCAUUGCAGUUGGUGCUUUUCUUCCACUUGGAGAUUUGAACAACUUUGCAAGAUGUGAUAAAAACAUGUUGGAAGUAUUCUUCAACUUGACAGUGGAAAAAGUUGAAGCCAUUGCAAAGAGAAAGAAAGAUUUGAGUAAGAAGAAUAUUGAUGCUCAAUUGAUUGCUAUCAAGGAUAAUUAUAAGAAGGAUGAAUCGUGUAAUGUUGUUCAACAAGUCAUUUGGAAACCUAUCGUUCUCCAUUAUUUUCCAAAUUAUUCACAAACUUUGAAUAUAAAGAAUUGGAUGCAUGUCAUGAGAAGAAGAGUGACUCACUUGCAAAACAAAUUUCCAAAUGAAUUACCACUUUUGAAAGAGAGAGUGAUCAAUACAUCCAUUGAUAAGGUGUUUAGAAUUGAUAAGGAUAGUCAAUUCAUUGAGAAUUGUGAAUGGGAAUAUGAAUGUCCACUUAAAUCAAAUGCCUUUAAAGUUGUCUCUCCAAAUGUUAAAUAUUGUAAAGUUUGUAAGGAAAAUGUUUAUGAGGUAUUUAGCAUGAAUGAACUCAAAACACAUGUUGAACAGAAUCAUUGUGUUGCUUUUUCAGAGCAAGUAAUGCCAGGACUUCCCUCUCAAUUGAAGAGAUUGAGAAAAGGAAAGGUAUUGGUAGUUCCAACAACAAUAGCACCACCUCCUUCUUCUUCAGAUGAUGAUCCUCCUUCUAAAAAAAAGAAGUAA